AUGGAGACCAUCAAGGGCCUCCUAUGGAAGCCUUCGCCAGAGGAGCAGAAGCGGAAAUGCAACGCCCUCGUGCGCCAAAACGUGCGCAAACUCGACCGCGACAUCCAACAACUUAAAGCCACAGAACAAAAGACCAAGACCCUCAUCAUGCAAUCCUCCAAGCGCGCCCAACGCAACCCCUCCAUGGCCAAGCAGGCAAACCAAGACGUACGCAUCUUCGCGCGCGAACUGAUCCGCGUGCGGAAACAAAACUCGCGGCUCCAAACAAGCAAAGCACAGCUCUCGUCCGUGCAGAUGCAAGUCAACGAAGCUUUCUCGGUGCGCAAGAUCGAGGGCAGCAUCAAGGCCAGCACAGGCAUCAUGAAGGAUGUGAAUAGUCUGGUGCGAUUGCCCGAGUUGACGGGCACCAUGAGGGAAUUGAGCAGCGAGUUGAUGCGCGCGGGCAUUAUCGAGGAGAUGGUAGACGAUACGCUCAUGGAUAAUGAGAUGUUGGAGGGUGAGGCUGACGAGGCUGAGGAAGAGGUAGACAAGGUGCUGAGUGAGGUGCUCAAGGAUCGGUUGCCAGCAAGCAAAGCCAAGGAGGAAGAGCUGCCUGCGGCGCCACAGGCCGAGCAAGAAGAAGAGGAAGACCAGGCAGAACUGCUGGCGCAGAUGCGCGGAAGAUUAGAGGCACUGAAGAGUUGA